GAAUCAAAAUAAAGGCAAAAAAAAUUGGCGCGAGGGAUCCUGGGUAAAGGGAAACUCAGCGGUUUUAUCCAAAUUGCCUAUGCUCAGGCGCAGCAAGCUGAUGACAAACGGCGCUAUAUUCAAAUUACGGCCAAAGAGAAGCUCGGAAGGGAAGGUUUGCAUGGGAUGCAGGAUGGGAAAGAAAGAAAAUAAGAAUGCCGAACAAAUGGACGAGGUGAUGGAGAAGCUAGCUGAUCUUGAUAUACCAACACUAAGCAGGAAGGAUCUCCAGUCAUUUUGCAAGCAGUUUGGACUCAAAGCAAAUGGCAAGACUUCUGAGCUAAUUAAUAGGCUACAAAGUCACAUCACCAAACAAGGAGAUAAUGGACUGGUGCAUACUGAUAAUAACAACACAAAGGUUGACAAAAGCCAGAAACAUGAGGAUGGGUCACAGGCUUCAAGACAAGUACCUGCCAAAAGAAAAAGAAAAAACCAGGAGAAGAAGAAAUCAGAAGAACCCCCAGAGUAUGAGGUUGUAGAUGGUGACUCUUCUCAGAGUUCAAACACAUUUUCAGGCCCUAGUUCAAUUUCUGAACCUUCUGAAAGUAGUCCUGCAGACAAAAGAAAUAGGAGUGGUGAAUUGACUCAAUCACAGAACGAUAAUAAAGAGAGGAAAAGACAAAGAAAGGAAGUCGGCAAGUCAGUUGAAUCAGACAAUGAUAAUAAAGGAGGAAGAUCUAGACAGAUAAAGAAGAUCAAGAAGGAUCACUCAGAGCCAAAGCAGAGUCACACAGAAGAAGAAUGUGACAAUGAAGUUUGUAAGACACGUGCCAAAGCUGAGACCAAAAGGACUGGUCGUCAGAGCAAGAAACCCAAACAAGCCAAGUCUGCCAAACAAAACAUGAGCUCAGCACAAUCUGAAAAUCCUGAAGCAAAUAAACUGGAUUCUAAGGAGGUAGAUUUGUGUGUAAAAGACUCAGAUCAAAUGGAUGUUUCUACAGGAAAUAGCAGGAGUUGUGAGUCAGUAGAAAGUGCCAAUGUCUGUGGGGAUGCUGUUGAUGAUACCUCCAGGACACCUGGAAAUCAGCGUGAGGUGAUAGUAGCUGAUGAUGUCUGCUUCGAGACAUCAACAUCAUCUGGCUGUGAUUUGUCUUCCACUGAACCAACAACAGGUGUAAAGGACGCUGCCAACAGAACUUUCACAAUACCAAGAACAGUGGAGAACACUGUCAAUGAGACUGGUAAAGUUGAAAAUGAUUGUGUUCAAAGUUCUUCCGAAGUCCUCCAAUCACAGGAUGUUACCAGCUCAUUGCAGUGGUGCGUUGCCCACGGGGCGAUAAGGAGCUUUAACAAACUGACAUGGAAGCUCAUCCGCCUUAAAGGGGGCCGCCCUGUUGUACCAAACAGGUUCGGCAAAUAUAUUCCAUUUACCCUCACGCCCAGCCAACUGAUUGUGCCGACUGGUUUUCAAGACAACUUUAUCUGCGAGGAAUGUGUGAGGAGUAAUGAGACAAUUUCUAACGUCGAAUGUGAACAGGAGGUUAAAGAAAACGUCACUCCCUUGACUGGCAUUUCGCGGGAAAGCAUUAGAGCUUCUAUCAAACGCAAACGUGAGGAGGAAAUGGGUGGGACUGGAUCUGAAGAAGUGAAUGCUGAAAACAAAAGACGACGUAAAUCAGUACCACGUUCUGCAGGGACCUCCCCCCUCACUCCAGCCAGUCCUGAUAUCAGGAAAGCACGAGGGGAAACGCUAGCCUUGCCAAGAAAUCUUUCAAGGCCAUGGCAGCCAAAGAAGCGAUCUCCAGGUGUUAGCACCACAGUCCAGGAAGAUCAAAAUUUUGCCAAGAAAGUCGAGGAUAUUAUCCGUAAUGUCGUACCAGGCUCUGACGAAGAGCUACUGCUCAUUAUGGGCAAGAAGAGUCACGUGUCCCACUCGCCACCAAGGGCGUGAGGUUAGAAAACAACAGAAGAGUCUACACACGAGCUUUCGACAUCGCCACGACUACCGCAUGUUUAUGCAAAGUGAACUUUUUUCAAUUUAGUUUUAUUUGAAUGUAAUUUACUUUUCCAGUAAAUUAAAUUAACGUA